AUGGGUGUCCAAGGAUUGUCACUUUCUACUCUCGUUUUACUCUUCACCUACCUCACAGCAAUCAGCAAUGCUCUGCCCAGACCACAAGCUAGGCAAGCUCUCGUCACUACCCCUAGCAUACCAAAUGGCCAUUGGAUCGAUACCUGGGCAGCAAUGCCGCAGUUGACCGAGUACACGAACCUUCCUCCGCCUCCAUAUAACACUACGACCACCCAGUUCUACAACAGCACGAUCCGCCAGACACUACAUAUGUCGACUGGCGGCGAGCAGAUCAGAAUCCGAGUUUCCAAUGCCUUUGGCCUCACCGAUCUGCCCAUCACGGCCAUGACUGUAGCUUUACCAUUCAAUGCGUCCUCAGGUGUUAGCGCAGUCCAACCUUCGACCCUCCAGACCGUGACAUUCAGUGGUGGACACCCCGGCAUCACCAUCCCCAACGGUGCUCUGGCCGUGUCUGAUCCGUUGAACUUCCCUGUGCAGCCGCUCUCCACCAUCUCCGUGACGCUAUAUCUCGCGACAGGACAGAACGGCACGGCCAUUACGAGUCACCCCGGCAGCAGGGCGACUUCGUGGUUUACCAUGGGCAAUCAAGUCGGUGCCACGAAUUUGACGGGGCCGUUGUUGAACAGUACGGCGCAUUGGUACUUCCUCUCCGCGGUCGAGGCAUGGUCGCCUCCCGACUACCGCACCUGGGCCAUCAUAGGCGACAGCAUUACCGACGGUCGCGGUAGCGACACGGACCAGAACAACCGCUGGCCCGACCUGGUGUAUGCGCGGAUGGCGGCGUCGAACUCGUCGACUCUCACCGCCAUCUCGUUCAUCAACCAAGCCGCAGGUGGGAACCGGAUCCUUCACGACGGACUAGGACCGAGCGUUCUUUCGCGCCUCGAGCGCGACGUACUCUCCCACCCUGCCAUCCGGUGGGUGAUGAUUUUCGAGGGCGUCAAUGACAUCGGCACCGCAGACCCUACGCCGUCCAACCAAACAAGUCUCUACGACGGCCUGAUCUCGGCGUACAUCCAGAUCGCGCGGCGCGUGCACGCCGUGGGCAUCCCGCUCUUCGGCGCGACCAUCACGCCCUUCUCCGCCCCAGACUACAACACGACGGUGCAGUCGUAUUCGGACCCGCUGCGCGAACAGACGCGGCAGAAAGUCAACGACUUUAUCCGCCACUCGGGCACCUUUGACGCGGUCCUCGACUUUGAUGCCGUGUUGAGGAACCAGAGUUUUCCGAGUCAGUUGGCCGACGCGCUGCAGGGGGGCGAUUACUUGCAUCCGAAUGGGGCCGGGUACGCGAGGGUGGCCGAGACGUUUGAUCUGGGUUUGUUUGAGAGAUUUGAGGGCGGGGUUGGGGGGUUUCUAUAA